AUGACAGAUUAUGAGGGUUUCAAACAACUGGAAGUCAUCCGUAUAUCCGAGUUAACCAGAGCUACCGAUAAUAACACUACAUUAGUGAUCAGUGCUUAUAUGUUUAGUCUGGAUACGUUGACCGCGAUCACCCUAUUCAAUCCGAAUCGACCUAAUAUAGUCCACAGACAUAAUGUUAAAAUAAAAUUUGCGAAGUGUGUGGCGCUAAAGGGACAGGCAGACAUUAUACUACAAUCACUUGCAAAAACUCGUGUCGGAAAUGCAGACUUGGGAAGUGUUUUGCCGUCGGAAUGA